AUGCAACGGACUUCGUGUAGACUCAUCGAUGCUCUUGCUUUCUUUCCAGGAAUUUCCCAGGGCUCAAAACGUCCGAUCGAAACCAAACAAGCCAUUCGUCGAAUUGAAUUGGCUCUGCAAAAGCUGGAACAGACUCCAGUCGGUGGCACAGACUUGUUACAACCGUUGUCAUCUACUAACAGACGACCGGUCAUCCCGCCUGGAAUCCUAGCCCACUCCGGUCCCAGUGGAGAUUCUCGUAGUUCGUCUACACGCGGUUUUUCCGGCGCACGGGGCUAUCCAAGGCGUUGUGAUAAGAACACUCGGCCUCGUUUGAAUCGAUUAUAG